GAAAAUGAAAAAGAAAAUAAAGAUGGCGAAUCAAAUGGAAUACAAUUGAAAUCAAUAGAAGAUGGUAAAACAUCAAAAUAGUUUGAUUCGCAAUCUAACUACAUACUAACAAAACCGUCAAAACCAUCCUAAACAUUUGGUUUCAAACACAGUCGUUAAUCUAUAAUGGACGUUAUACGAUACGACUGCGCUCCAGAGCGUUCCUUUAUAAUAGUGACGAUACUUUAUACCACAGCACUGACGGUGUCUACUUCCAAUCAAAAUACAUUGGUACAGAAAUCUACGUGUGACCCAUUGAUUCCAUUCGGCGAAUGCCUACUAGGCGAAUAUGAAGGUCAACACCGAGUAAAUUCGAACACCACGUAUUUACAAUAUUCGAUUUCUUUCAUUGUUACGUUACUUGCAGGAGCAUGGAGCGACAGUCAUGGCAGAAGACGUAAACCUUUGAUUUUCUUAUCAAUUAUUGGACAAAUUUUAACAGAUGGAUUAUAUUUUAUGAAUCACUUUUGGUUUUGGCCUUCAAUAUUUAAUAUAAUCUUUACAUCAAUUAUUCCUGGAUUAUACGUUGGUCGAAAUAUGUUUUGGGUUGGUAUAAUGUCUCAUGUAUCAGAAAAUUCAAAAUUUGAAGGUAGAACUCUGAAACAUGGGAUAGUUAUUGCAACAUAUACCUUUAGUUUAUUAUUAGGGUGGGGUUUAAUAGCAAUUUUAAAAAAAUGCACAGACUAUUUACAUCGAUAUUUAUUAUUUGUGGUACCGAUAUUGUUUAAUUUGUUCGCCAUAUUGAUUGGCCAUUUGUAUCUUGAUGAUAAUUCUGAUACUUAUGAUAGCGAUAUCAUAUGGUUGAGACCAAGCUCUGUAUUCAAAAGUUUCAUUAAUUUAUUUAAUAACAAAUUUAAAGGAUUUUCUAUUGUACUAGCAACAUUAAUAAUAUGCCAAUCAGUCAUAGUAGCAAGAAUAGGAAGUGAAUAUGAAAUAAUAAUGCAGUAUAUAAGUAAAUCGUUUAUGUGGUACAAUGAUGACUAUAUUUAUUUUAGUGUUAUCAAAAUGUUGGCGAUAAUUUUUGGUUCUAUGUUUUCAGUAUUUAUGUUGAGUUACAAUUUAAAAAUAAACGACUUUGUUAUUGGCAUUUCAGCUUGCAUUAUUUAUAUCAUUGCCACAAUUUUAUAUGUCAUUUCAAGUCAACUUUGGCAAAUUCUUCUUAUUGCCAUUAUUUAUUUAUGUCAUGGUAGUGCUGUAACUAUUACAAUGUCAUUAACAUCUAAAAUUAUGGAUAACGAUCAUCUUGGACGAUUUUAUUCCAUUCAAACCUGUAUGAACUCUGUAUUGACAUUUGGUUUAGUUACGGCAUACGAGACCGCAACUGAUAACAUAACUUAUACUAAAUUUAAUCAUUUUUGUUUAAUGAUUUUGAUGUAUGUUAUUCUAACUAUACCUAUUUUAUUUGUGUUUAUAACUCUAUAUUCUAAGUACAAAAAUUUCUGGGUAAGGGAUGCUGCAAGAACAUUAAGAACUAGACAACAGUCUAUAUAUGUUAUAAGUACCUAAUUUAUUUAUUCUAUAAUUCUUAAUAAUGUUAUAUACGAUUAUGAAUAAGCCUUUUUUAAUAUUGUAUUUUAUUAUAUUUAUUGAUUUUAUUAUCAAUGAAAAUUGUUAUUGUAUUUAAGUGUUAAAUUUUUUGUUAAUAUUUUCUUAACAAGUUGUAUUAUAAUAUAUAAUAGGUAUACAUACAAAGUGCAGUCAUGUAAAUUAUUAAAAUAAAUGUACUUAUUUAAAUAA